AUUUGUGCGCUCCGGAGUGGGGAAAAGGUCCAGAAAUAGGCAUAAAAAGUAUUUUCCAUAUUAAUUGCCGUUUCUAUUUCUAUUUCGACACUGAGACUCGCGACUCUUUAUGGGUCUGUGACGUUUCCAUACACCCUGUCUCUCUUGUGUGGGUGGGUGUGUGUGUGUGUGUGUGUGUGCGCGCGCCUCCCUGACGCUCCACAGCCCCGUGGAGCUCUUGUUCCCACAGAGCAGGACGACAAUAAGACGGACUGUUGGAUUAGAGCGACAAAAAAAAAAGAAAGUGCGCUCUCUGUUUUUGAUGCUUUCAUGUCUUUUUUAUUGCUUUUCAUUUUUUUAAACCGUCGAGGUUUCUGGUUAUUCGUGUGAUUUUCGCGGCGGAGCACAGACCGGUAUGGAUUUACCACUUACCAGACAAGACACGCCGUCUAGUCCUCCGCCAAAGUUUUGAUUGUCAUCGUAGCCUCUCGACCCUGGAGCAGGGGGGGAAAGCGCUGAACUUUGACGCAGCAUUUGUGGAAACUUGUGGCCACAUGUGAGGACAUUUGGAGACAAAUAUUUGUCGGAGCGUCUUUUCGCUGCUCUCCACUAGAUCUCUCAUGGGGUGACCCACAUAGAGGUCCUUAGACGUGACUGUGGGACAGGCAGUCUCCCUCCAAGCCUGGGCCCUCUUCCUGUCCUUUCCUGAAAGGCAAUGAUUAUCGGCUUAGACACUGCACAACUCCACUGUGUGAAUGAAUCUUUGCCGUAAAGCCGCUGUGCUCUGCCACCCUGUCACCAUGAAGAGCAAGUAUUCCCUGUAUUACAAUAAGAGUCUGAUCCACUCUUACUAUGCCUUUGCUAAGAACAUGACCCCCCAGGAGCUGAAAGACCAUAUUGAGAAAAAAAAGCAGCUCACCACCCUCAAUAUUGUCAUCGUGGUUCUCUGCACCAUCAUCAUCCUGGAGAAUCUGCUAGUCCUGAUUGCUGUCUGCCGCAACAAGAAGUUCCACUCUGCCAUGUUUUUCUUCAUCGGGAACCUGGCAUUCUCUGACCUGCUGGCAGGCUCGGCCUACAUAGCCAACAUUUUUCUAUCAGGGUCAAGGACCUUUGACCUUAUGCCAAUACAGUGGUUCAUCCGGGAGGGUACAGCUUUUAUCGCUCUGGCAGCUUCUGUCUUUAGCUUGCUGGCGAUAGCUGUGGAACGCUAUAUUGCUAUCACCAAGGUCAAGGUGUAUGGCUCCACCAAAACAUGCCGCAUGUUUCUUUUGAUAGGAGCAUGUUGGGUCACCUCCAUCCUGCUCGGAGGACUUCCCAUCAUUGGCUGGAACUGCAUCAACAAUCUCCCUGAAUGCUCAGCUGUUUUGCCACUCUACUCAAAAAAAUACAUCCUCUUUGUUGUCACCAUCUUCAGCAUCAUACUACUCUCAAUUGUCAUCCUCUAUGUGAGGAUCUAUUUGAUUGUACGCUCCAGCCACCAGGAAGCGACCAACUCAGCGGCCUAUGCCCUUUUGAAAACUGUCACUAUUGUGCUGGGAGUCUUCAUCAUGUGCUGGUUGCCCGCUUUUACCAUCCUGCUCCUAGAUUCAUCCUGCAGAAUUGUAUUCUGCCCUAUUCUCUCCAAAGCAGAUAUAUUUUUUGGCUUUGCCACUCUGAACUCAGCGCUUAACCCAGUGAUCUACACGCUGCGCAGUAAGGACAUGAGAAAGGAGUUUCUGCGUGUGUUGUGCUGCUGGGGGGUGCUGCAAAGCGGGCGACCCUCUGACCGUUGUCUGGUCCCCCUAAAGAGCUCCAGCUCUCUGGAACACUGCACCAACAAACAUGAACACCAGACCACACCCAUUAUGCAAGAUUGUACCACCUGUGUCUGAUGUGGUGCAAACGCAUCAGAGUGAUUGUGUGUAUGUAUGGGUGUGUGUGUUUGUGUGUGUGUGAGAGAGGGAGAGAGAGAGAAAGCAUGUGUGUAUGAUUUCAAGUAGAUCAGCUGUGAUGAGACGGAGAGAUGUUAAAAAAGAAGCAAGCACACCCUGGACUGACAUUCCUAGCAGGGCUGUGACACAGCUGUGAACAAUGCAGACCUUUUUUUAUUACAAUCAAAAUUGUGUGAAUUCACAAUCAACAUUGAAACUAUGCACCAAUGCAGCAGGUGUAAAAACACAAUGUUUGGAACAGUUUGGAACAAUUUCUUAGGCGAGAACUUUCAUAAAUGUGAAAAUAGCUUUUUCAUGGGUACUCAAUAAUUAUUAGAUAUGCAAACCAUUGUCAUGUAUAUGCCUGCCAUCUUAUUUUGUUUCUAAAUAUUUAAACACCUUUUUAAAAGAAGCCAAAAAUAGAAAGAUAACAUGGAUACUAUCAUAGUAAUGCUGAGUGGUGUUGGGCCUUACAAGAACCGCAUCAAUCCAAAGCUUGCAAAGUUGCAUUUUGCAGAUUACUCACAGGGAUUGUUGGCCUUUGUAUGGUUUAACCGCACUACUCUCCUUUAUUGAUAUGUGUAUAUAUUAGGCCUUGCAGACUCAUCACUGAUUCUUUACAAAGCUGCUUGGAGUGACCAACUUCACUGAGCACUGCACUCCACAGAAGCCAAAUUACCACGAGUGCUCCCUCAACGAAACCAGGGCUAUAUAUUCCCUGUAUAACCUUGCUUAAACCAUUUGAUUAACUACAACAAACGUACAUAAUCUGCAUACAUUUAAUGCAUGAGAAUCUAACUUAUUUGUAAGCGCUGAUGUGUAUGAUAUAUUACAGCUACAGCUUCCAUCACUAACACCCCUAGUCCUAUUUGUCCUCAUAAUCUGUCCCUCUUGCUUUUACUGUUGUCUUUUGUAUCUUAACAGUUUCCGUCGAGGAAGGCCUAAUCAGAAAGCACAUUUCCUGAAGUUAGGUGGCACUGAUGAAUCUUACUCAAUGACAGCUGUCCAGCAUCUCUGACAAAUGGGACCAAUGUCCUGUCAGCGUUGUAGCAACAUAGCAGCAAUGUGCUGUCUCUGUUUGUGCCUUCCUCUUGAGGAAUUAGGCUGAAUGUAUGUAUGAAGUGUUUGGGGCAGGCGCUCCAUUGUUGACAGUAUUAUCGAUCAUCAGUUUGAAUUACCAAGUCAUAGUCAGAAAAGAGUGGGAUCAGCAGGUUAGGUAACUCUCACUGUGAAGUCUUAAAUAGCACCAUGAACAAGAAUUUGUUGUGAACAUCUGGUUUAAUUUGCUAGCCAUAUGCCUUGUGUGACUAAAGAUGUAAGCAGGUCUCAUCUUUCCAAAUAACCCUUACCUCCCCUACGAAAUAGGAGAAGAUCCGGUUUCAAGCACACAGAGGAGAUCUACCCUCGUGGGAGGUCAGCUUUAUCCUCAUUCUCUGACAUCCUACAACGUGCAACUUCCUUCAUCCAUAGGAAGUCCUGUUUUUCAUUGUCCGGUUCCUGUUGUUCAGGGUUAGACUAACCUUCUUCCUGUAGACACACAUUUAAAACUCUUCUCUCUCACUCAGUGUUUUUUUUUUUAUAUUGAUUUUUACAUUAAGAUGGCCAAGUAGAAAUGGUGAAAAGCACUUUGGCAGCUUCAGUGAUGUUUGCUUUCCCCCAGUCUUUUUUUUAGAUGGAGAGUCUGAUCUGUGUACCUAUCACUUCAUUGUUUUGCCUGACUAUUUUUUUUAUGAUAAAUACAUGAAUAACUAUGUAUGUUUGUAAGUAUGUAUGUAUGUAUCUUUGUACAGUAUGUAUGAUUUGUAUUGUAUGAAAUGUCUCGUGUGCAAUAGCCUUGUGUGUCCUGUAGCACGCUGCCUGUGUUAAAUCGGUACAAUCUGAAACACUAAUGUAGGUACAUAAACAUUUUGUUAAUUGCAUUCCUUUUUUUUAUAAAAUAAACGAAAUACUGAAAGAA